AUCGGAUGAUGGCACAACAUCGGUAUGGUAGGAUCGAGUGAGCACAACUCAAAAUAGCAUUAUGACAAGAAAUACACCUGKUCUCUUUUUCAUCGUUACCUGUAGCUUUGCUUGCAAUGCGUUACAAACUCUUCCUUUAAAAACCAACAGUGAUCGGUUUGUAUUAAGUUCUGGUCCACCAAACCAACAAUUACCGACAAUUCUCUGGGACACCCCUUUGGAAGUCGAUUUCAUCAAUGACGAUGCUGUUGAAGAAAAGGUGGAAGUAAUGAGAGGAAUAGAGGAUUCGAAUGGCAAUGAGGAGGAAACAACGCUGACAUUGCAAGGUAAAAUAUCCGUAUCUUCAAGUAGACUUCCAAAGGACUCGGCUGAAGAUGUUUCCAGAUUCUUUCGAGCGCCAGAACAUCGCAAUUUGCUUGUCACUGGUGGAGGUGAAAGGCCGUGCACCGAAGUCGACUUCACAUCGGAACUGUUAAGUGACUGGAGGAGUCGGUGCCUCGAACUUGGUUCCAAUCAACCUGACGAGAACGAUUCCGUCCUUUCUGUUAUCACCCGAGGGAUCGAGUUUCCCGGGCUCAAGGUCGCUACGAGUUCGUUAAUCGGCGUCAAGUACGUGGAAAGCGAAACCGAGAGUCCUCGAUAUGAAUUUGUCCUCCUCAGCAACGAGCAGACAGUGUCAGGUCUCGCGCCCGCUGUUUGGAUAUUCAACAAACUAACAGGGGCGGGUGAGAACGGCAGCGGGAACAAUUCUAAAUUCAAAUCCCUCACGAUAGUCACUUACGAAGAAGACAACGGGAAAAUUGUCUUCAUGACCGAUGGAUUUCUCAGUAUUGAUAUUACUUUUCCAAGCUUUCUCCUGAAAAUCUUGCCUGGUGACAAGAAAAAAAUCGAAGAAAGGGGUAGUAAAUCGAUUGUGAAAACGUUGGACAGGGAUGUAGUUCAAUCUAUGAAAGCCUUCGAAAAAGCAUAUUCAGRACAAUACAAUUGACGCAGCUCAAAGAAAAUCAAUUUUUCGAUCGUUCGGGAAUCAUAUGUAACAGAUUGUCUCCAUACAGCUUCUUUUUGCCUUCGAAGUACAACGUUUUCUGUACCAGUAUGAAAUGAUGAGUGACGGUGAGAUGGAAAAGACAAACAGGAUGCAAUGAUUCAUUUUCAGAUUUUUUAAAAAUAGCUUCAGGCUUUGUCAAGUUUUCAGGGUUUGAAUAAUAAUUUUUCUUUACG